AUGGAUGGUUGCCUGAGCUCAACAUUAAAGAGAGGGAGCAGCAUCAUGAUGAGCUAUUCUGUACAUCAGAAUUUUAACGUUGUUUCAUGCAGAGCUACCAUACAAUGUGGACAGAAAAGGGCUAUAAACUUUCAUGAAGUUCUGUCUAGUAGUGGAAGUGUGAGUGAGAUAAAGAAGGCAUACAGGAAAAUGGCACUUCAGUAUCAUCCUGAUGUUUGUCAUUCUUCCGUGAAGGAAGAAUCCACCAAGAUGUUUGUGGAGUUGCAGGAGGUUUAUAGGAGUUUGAUGGAUGGAGCUUUGGAAAAUGAUUGCAGCUUUGGGGUAGGCUUGGAAGAGAGGCAAUGCCCAGAAAGGCAUCCAAGAAGCAAGUGGGAAAGCCAACUCAUUGAAUUGAGCAAACAAUCUCAAAUGCGAAGACUCCGGAAAGAUGGAAGUUGGGGAUGCAGAAUGAGGGCUCGAUUUAUCCAUCCGUGA